AACUAGCUAUGGAUAGGUAUCCACAGCGGUCUCAGAAGCCAGUAUAGCUAACGUUAGCUAAUGCCACUGUGCUAUCGGCAGGCUUGCUAUUUUCUCAGUUUAACGAGUUAGCUAUUGGAAAUGAAUGUGUAGCCAUGAUAAGGCUAUAACUGUAAAUCGUGUUGUUAUGAUAGAAGUUCGGGAAGGUAUGUCAGAAGUGACACGAUUUGUUGAUAUUGGCUUGCCAGGAAAGAUGAGUUUGGACCAGGGAGACUUUUCUCCACUUAAGCACUUUGUGCUCGCUAAGAAGAGGAUCAGCGAUAUCUUUGAGCAGCUGCUGUCCUACGUCCAGGAGACCUCUGAGUUUGUGGAAGACACGUGUAAGAAUGGGGCUUUGGAGCAGAUCUCGAGCCGAGACCAGCUGGAGGAGAUCCAGGCGUACACCAGCAAACUGGGCAUCAUCAAGGAGGUGCUGGCCCGCAGACACAUGAAGGUGGCCUUCUUCGGCAGGACAAGUAAUGGUAAGAGCACUGUGAUUAAUGCCAUGCUGAGGGACCGUGUGCUGCCCAGUGGCAUCGGCCACACCACCAACUGCUUCCUCAGCGUGGAGGGAACUGACGGUGACAAGGCGUACCUCAAGACAGAGGGCUCAGAGGAGGAGCAGAGCAUCAAGACGGUGAACCAGCUGGCCCACGCACUGCACAUGGAUGAGAGUCUAGACGCCGGCUGCCUGGUGCGUGUCUUCUGGCCCAAAACCAAGUGUGCGCUCCUGAGGGACGACCUGGUGUUGGUGGACAGCCCUGGGACUGACGUCACCACCCAGCUGGACAGCUGGAUCGACAAGUUUUGCCUGGAUGCCGACGUGUUUGUGCUGGUGGCCAACUCUGAGUCCACACUCAUGAACACGGAGAAGCAUUUCUUCCACAAGGUGAAUGAACGGCUGUCCAAACCCAACAUCUUCAUCCUCAACAACCGCUGGGACGCUUCCGCCAAUGAGCCUGAGUACAUGGAAGACGUGCGUAAGCAGCACACGGACAGGUGUGUGAACUUUCUGGUAGAGGAGCUGAAGGUGGUGGAUCAUGAGCAGGCGCCCAACCGCAUCUUCUUCGUCUCGGCCAAAGAGGUGCUGAACUCACGCAUGCAGCGGGCCCAGGGGAUGCCAGAGUCUGGUGGGGCGCUAGCCGAGGGCUUCCAGGAGCGGUUGAAAGAGUUCCAGUGUUUUGAAAGACGCUUUGAGGAGUGUAUCUCGCAGUCAGCAGUGAAAACUAAGUUUGAGCAGCACACCAUCCGGGCCAGGCAGAUCACAGCCAACGUCAAGGCAGUCAUGGACGCCAUCAACAUCAAUGCUGCAGAGAAGAGAGUGGCCUCCAUGGAGGAUCGUGAGUAUCUGGUGGACAGGCUGGAUUUUGUGCGUAACCAGCUGAACCUGCUCAUAGGUGAGAUCAAGAAGAGAAUCAAAGCCAUCACAGAGGAGGUGGAGCAGAAGGUGUCUAUCGCCAUGGCAGAUGAGAUCUGUCGCCUGUCGGUGAUUGUUGAGGAGUUCCACUCAGACUUCCACCCCUCUCCACAUGUACUGAAGAUGUACAAGACCGAGCUGUUAUCACACAUUGAGGAGGGUAUGGGGAAGAAUCUGGCUUUCCGCUGCUCUGAUGCCGUCAUGGCCUCCAUGCAGAACUCUCAGAAAGACAUGAUCGACCUGCUGCAGCCUCUGCUGCCCCCUGCUGUCCAGUCUCAGAUCCACAUGCUGGUGCCCAGCCGGAAGUUUGACCUGAGCUACGACCUGAACUGCGCCACGCUCUGCUCCGACUUCCAGGAGGACAUCCAGUUCCACUUCUCCCUAGGCUGGACCACCCUCGUCACGCGCUACCUCGGCCCCACCAACGCCCAGCGCGCCCUCAUGCUGGUGGACAAGAACCUACACACACAGGUGGCGCGUCCGUUGGCCACCACCCCGUCUACACCGGCGCUGGUACAGCAGCAGGAGGCGCCACUGAAUCAGGAGGAGCUGAUGCUGACCAUGGUCAACAACCUGGCCUCUGUCACCUCGCGCACCUCCAUGAGUGUACUAGUGGUGGGGGGAGUGGUGUGGAGGGCCAUUGGCUGGCGUCUGAUAGCUAUGUCUAUGAGUCUGUACGGCCUGCUCUACCUGUAUGAGAAGCUCACCUGGACCACGAAGGCGAAGGAGCGCUCGCUGAAGAGGCAGUUUGUGGACUACGCCACGGAGAAACUCCAGCUGAUCGUCAGCUUCACCAGCGCCAACUGCAGCCACCAAGUCCAGCAGUGAGUACAGGCACACACACACACAUUGUGGUGGAGUACAGGCACACACACAUUGUGGUGGAGUACAGGCACACACACACUGUGGCGGAGUACAGGCACACACACACACACACACAUUAGGAUGUUGUCAAUUCAACAUAAAUAGAAUGUCCAAAUCCUACCCAUGUAGGCAGCAACUGGAGCUUUGAGGCAUGAUCGUGCUUAACACCACACACACACACACGCUCACACUACUCCCCUUCUUAAGGUUGCUGCCAUUAACCGCCAGACAAACCUAACAUGUAUAAACACACACACACACACACACACACACACACACACACACACACACACACACACACACACACACACGUACUACUUCAUACACUAGAAAAACAUUAGAUACAAAAGUAAAAAAAAUAUGAAAA